AUGGGCGAUGUUCCGACUGGCCAUCACGUCACGUUCGCUGAAGAAUGGACGGAAUUUUUUGGGCAACGUGUAAACUUGGAGCGCAUCGAGAAGAGCUGCCUGAGUGGACGACUUCGUGGUUCGCAUGUUCGUUCAAUCGUCUGGAGGAUUUUGUUGAAAUGUUUACCUGUCGAGCGAGACGAAUGGCUAACAAUUCUUGCCCGAACUCGGAACUCUUAUGCGAAACUGAAAACCCAGUUGAUAACAAAUCCUCGUGAGCAUGCGUCAGACAUGGAUCCUAAUGUCAGUAAUCCUUUAUCGCUGGGCAAGGAGGUAACAGGUUUUUUUUGCUUGAUGGAAAUUUCUUGUUGUUUUUAUAAUCAUCAUCAACAGGCUUAUUAA